AAAUACCCAUUCCCAAAAGACCUGAAACCCGUCUGGGUCAGUGCCGCUGUGGGAGCAAACAUAGCCAAGUGUUGUAAUAUCGCGGGAUUUUGUUGUUUUCAUUCUCGCCGCCUUCUGAUAGUUUUGUGUGCUGUUUCUAUCGUAUGAGAAUGUGGUAGCCCGAGGGAUCAGCGGAAAAGUGAGCAGAAGUAAUGCCAAAUGGGCUGUAAGUAUUAAAUACUUAGACGCGGCACGGAACAGCGUUAAGGUGUUUGCCUAUUGCUAGAAGAUAGUUUUGGAGGUAAUCCACUACGGCACCGGCCCUGCGGGGGACAGGGCAGAACAAGAUGGUUGAAGUGAUUGUGGAGUUUGACUAUGAUGCAGAGCAUGAUGACGAGCUGACAAUCAAGGUUGGUGACAUUAUCACAAAUGUUAGAAAAUUAGAUGAAGAUGGAUGGUUAGAAGGAGAACUUAAUGGAAAGAAGGGCAUGUUCCCUGAUAAUUUUGUUAAGGAAAUUAAGAAAGGUGUAGCAUCUAAAGAUGAUGAUCAUCCUGUUAGCAAAGAACGAUCUGGAAAUGUUGCCAAUCUUGUCCAGCGAAUGAGUGUUUAUGGAUUACCAGCAGGAGCAUUUCAGCCACAUCCACACCCAAAGAGCAUCCGAAGAAAAUCCAAGAAACGCCAGUGCAGAGUUCUGUUUGAAUACAUUCCACAAAAUGAAGAUGAACUGGAACUCAAAGUGGGAGACGUGCUUGAAGUUAAUGAGGAGGUAGAAGAGGGCUGGUGGAGUGGCACACUUAAUGGAAAAUCUGGCCUGUUUCCUUCCAACUUUGUAAAAGAAGUAGAAGUGACCGAAGAUGAAGAAAUACAUGACCUUGUUGAUGACGCAGGUGAAGUGUUGCAGAAAGCUGAUACUAGCAGUAAAGAAUCUCCUUUCCAAGGCCCUAUGUCUCCAUUUUCACCAGUUGUACCUCCUACAAAUGAGAAUGGAUUGGCAACAGGAUCAGUUGCACAGGCAAAGAAGGUGCGAGGAGUAGGGUUUGGUGAUAUUUUUAAAGAAGGCUCAGUAAAGCUAAAACCAAGACUACCAAGCUCCGAGUCUGAAAAACAAGAAAAGCAGUCACCAACAGUACCACCUGCUGCAAAACCCAGUUUGGAAACAUCAAAAGCAGAAAUGGAAAAUAUAUCCAAAUCAAAAGAAUAUUGCAAAGCAGUAUACAGCUAUGAAGCUACAAAUGAUGAUGAACUGAGCCUCAAAGAUGGAGAUAUUGUUCUUGUUUUAAGUAAGGAUACAGGUGAACCAGGUUGGUGGAGAGGAGAGAGAAAUGGAAAAGAAGGUGUUUUCCCUGACAACUUUGUGACAUUAAUACCUGAAGUUGAAAGAGAUGGUGCACUUGGAUCCAAAUUUUCUGUGAAGUUUCCCUUAAAACCAGUUGAUGAUGGCUUACCUGGACCCAAAGCUCCUACAAAAUUGCCUCCAAAACCAGAUGUAGAUGAUAAGCCAAAAAAGCCACCUCCUCCUGCCAAAGUUUCUGAUGAAAAGAUGAUUCCUGAUCUUAAGCCAGCAAAGCCUGUUGCACCAAUGGUGCCACCCAAGAAACCCGUUAUCCCAAGCAAAUCCAGUAACUUGCUACGUCCUGGAAUAAUACCUCCAAAACGACCAGAAAAACCAUUGAUACCACCUCCAUCAUCUAAGCCUAAUGGUGAGAUACCGACUUUUCGUCCAAAGGCAGACGUAGACAUACUAAGACCAAAACAAGAAACAGAACAUGUAUCCCCAAGACCAAAAUCAUUGGACUUAGAUUUGCAUUUGGAGAAGCAUAAUACUGAAUGUGACCUGAUCAGUUUUGAUGAUCUGGUAUCUAGCUCUGAAAAACUUGAGCAUCUCACUGCAAGCAGACCGAAGAUGACUGGGAAGCGAUUACCUGCUCAGUAUACUGGUGCACCAUCUCCAACUAAAGAAGUUCCAGUAGAAAAAGUUUUAAAACAGAAGAGAGAAGAUGAGGAAAAUGCCAAACCAAAGCCAUUAGAAGUCCGAAAGUCUGUUGUAGAAGUACAUGCAGACAAAAUUUUAAAACAGAAUAAGGAAGAGGAAGAAACUGCCAAACCAAGACCGCCUUCAUUUAAAAAGUCACCUGCAUCUUCAACUAUAGUAGCUGCUGACAUUCUGAAACCGAACUCUCCAGCACCCAGCAUCGUAGAUGCCAAGACUAAGACAGAACCGGAUGUUUUGAACAGAGGUGCAGUAGAGGAACUCAAGACUCAGAUAUUAGAACUGAUGGCUGUAGUGGAGUACCUUAAAACAGAACACAGGAAAGAGUUAUCAGACUUAAGGAAAGAGUUUGAAGAAGAGAAGAAGAAGCGAAGGAAUCUAGAGGAAGAAGUAGAGAAACUGAAACAUUCUGUGCUUACAACAUGAGGAGGGGUCAUGAAGUAAUCGUGUAUGGGAUACCUAGUGUAGGACUUGCCAGAAAUGGAAAGAAAAACAGUUUCAUGAAACUGGGCACCAAGCAAGCAAAUAGCAGCAUACAGUGUGGAAAAAGCAUGUAAUAUCUAUGCUGUUUUCAUAUUUUCUAGGAAAUUAUCAUACAAGUAUGUAAUGGUGUCUUCAUAUACCGGAUACCGGGAAGAUGUAAAUUAAUACUGUUGUAAAUUUUAUUUUGUUUUGCUAAUAAAAUGAGGCCUUAUUUCCUACUGUGCUGGAACUGCAGACGUUGCAUUCUGUAAAUGGUUUGCAGGUUUGCUUUAAAUACUACUGAAUCUGUAUAAAAGGAAGGGACAUUGUAAUAGAUGUUUUAUAUAACAGCAGUUUGAUUUUUAAAAUGAAUCUCUACCAAGUAGAUAAGUGUAAUAUCUUUAUCGUUGGCAUGUAAAAUAAUCUAAUGUGGAAUUUAUUAGCCUUAACAGCAGCUGCAGUUAUUCUUACCUCCAUGCAAAAAAUGAUUUUGUUGUAUAUUUUUUAUUUUAUAAUUCUUACCCAGGGGAACACUAUUGUGCCUGUAUGCCUGCAAUGCAAGUACUGAUACUGUACUGUUUAUAGUUUAAAAAAUUGAGAAUUAAUGGAUUCUAUAAAGCCGCACUCUAUGCAUUAUAAUCAUCUAACAUAAACUGUUAUUUUAUACAAAGAUUUUUGUACAGCAAAAAGUGUUUAAACCAGAUCAACUGUGGUGCAUAAUAUAGAUUCUGUUUAGAAUGGACAAAUGUUUAUGUGGUGUAAAAAUGCCUAAUUAAAAGGGGUAAAGUGUCUUGGGGGUAUUGAGUCAGACUACCAUGAAUACCCCUCUGAAGUUUCACAUCUCUUGAGUUCUUUGAUUUAACUGGAAUAUGUGUAACAAAUCAUUAUUGGGAAUUUAAAGCAAACUUUUUCUACAUAUUUGUAGUAUGAUCUCAACUUUUGGAGGAUUUUACUUGAGAGUUUAUAACAGUCUGAAACUGGUUUUCUUGGUUUUACUUUCAUAGUAAAGCCACUGAGUCAUCUCCAUACUCAAUCAUUGUGUUUAACUCUGUGUAUGUAUGUUUUAUUUUCUAAAAGGUUUCAUUUCUUCAGAAAUAAUUAUCUUUGUCUGAAAUUGCAGUGGAUAAAAAAAAUAAUUUCCUGUUAUGUUGGAUUCUAUAUUGAGGAGCUCCUCGAGAAACGGUUAUUGCUGUGUUAUGGGUCACAGAGGUUAAGACAAUCGUUCAAGUUGUGAAACAAAAGUAUUCAUGGUUUUAAGGCAGGCUCUUUUAUGUAUAUAUAUUUAAGUGCAAUGAACUAAAAAAGAAAAGCCCAUGAAAGCUGCUGCUAUGCAUAUUCUCAGUUGGGAUCUUGCUUCAUUCUGAGUAAUACUAACGUAAACUGCUUUUGAUAGCCUUAGUGUUUAUAUAAUGAUAUUGGGAAAUAUAGGGCCUUAGAACAUUCCAGGUUUAUAUGCUUAAAGCUAAACAUUUCCAAAUAACCUGUUUACAGGUGCUGUAAAAUACUGCACGUUCAACUUCUGCAAAUAAAGAACAUGAUCCUA